CAACAUAUAUAUGCAGACCCUGCCUGGCGAGGCGGACGACGUCUCACUGCUGAGCGGUCGCCAGCGAUUUCCGCUGCGAAAGUACGCGUACGCGCUGCUGCUGCUGCUGCUGCUGCUGCCUGUUCUCCUGCUCGUCAGCGCGCCGGUCACCGCGCAGCUGAUCGUCGACAGCUCCGAGCUAACAGUGGGCCUGUGCGAGGUGAGCGAUCCUGCCGCCGACUCGGCGCAGGUGGUGUGCGCUGUGACGGCGCGGGUGCCGUCCUUGCCGAUGCGCGUCACCGCGGACGGCACCACCGCCCGCGCGUCCCGCUCGGCCGGCGGCACGUCGCUCGGCACGCUCACGGUACCCGCGGUCGACUUUGGGUACGGCGGCGACGUCGCGCUCACGCUCGGCGGCGAGAUGCGCGUGACGAGCCUGCAGGCGCUGCGCGAAUUCGCCGCCGAGGCGCAGGCCUCCGAGGAGGUGUCGUUGCGACUCGAGGCGCCGCUGCUACUCCGGUUCGGCUCGAUGCUCUCUCUGCCCGUGACGCUGCGCAAGUGGCUGCCGCUGCGAGGCGCCCAGUCCUUCCCCAACCACAUCCUCAGUGUGGAUAUCUCGGACGCCGACCCGGGAGGAGGAAGAGAGCGCUUCCCCGGUACGCGGCUGCCGAACGUCAUCUCUCUGACGGCGGAGGUGCGCAACCCGUCCUCCUUUGCGCUCCGCCCGCUCGGUGCCCUCAACCUCUCCGUCCACACCCCGGACGGGGCUCUGGUCGGCCGCCUCUCCUCGAACGCGUCUGCGCCGCUCCUGCUGCCGAGCGGCGCAUCGGUGCAGCGGCUGCGAGGCGUGCUGGUGGCGGAGAAGGAGGCGGGCCUGGAGGCCGCGUCGCGGCUGCUGUCGGACCACCUCUCCGGGCGGCCGAGCCACCUCUACGGCGUCGUCGAGAGCGUCUCCACGCCGCUGUACGACUCGCUCUUUGCGGGGAUGCGGCUGCACACGACGCUGCCGGGCCUGCAGGCGCCUCUCCUCGACCGCGUCGAGGUCGUCGUCGACUCGCGCCGCCUCGUGGACUGGGCGAAUCCGCUGGACGGGCGCCCCCUCGUCCUCGACGCGUACCUCGCCAUCUCGAACCCGCUCGCCGCCUCCUUCGCCGUCAUGCGGAUCGACUCGCACAUCUUUUACAACGACCAGCGGGUCGGGCGGAUGCAGCUCGUGCUCGACGCCUCCGACCCAGAGUACGACGCACGCCUCGACGGGCCCGCCCUCGCCCCGAUCGUCGUCAGCCCGCGCCAGCAGCUUGUCACUGGCAGGCCGUACCCGUGCAUCGUCGAGGGCUCGCUCGCCACAAUCAACCAGAUGCAGACCGAGAUGCGGCAGCACGGCACCGUCACCGUCGUCGCACGCUCCGAGCUCAAAAUCGGCAGCGGCGACUUCUUCACCACCAUCAGCUACGACCAGCCCGCCGUCUCGGUGGUGCCCCACCACGCGCCGCCCUACCCGCCCGCGCCGCCCGUCGCGCCCUUCUCCUUCGAGGCGCUCAACGGCUUCUUCAAUCACGAGUGGGAGGAGAUGACGGUGCGGGACCGGGGCAAAACUGCCUCCUUCGAGUGGCCUCUCCGGUGACGCGGCGGAGGGAGCGAGCGGGCGAGGGGGCGAGCGGUGGGGGGAGGAGGCGGUUGUGUGUGAGAGUGUGUGAGUGCGAGCGAGUAGUCGAGAGUACUGAGUGGAGCGGAGCGUCGCGGUGGUGUGACGCGGAGGGAGCGAGACGGUGACCAGAGUCGCGACCGGGUCGGUCGGUGAGUAUACUGUGUGGCCGGCCGUCUGUGCAGCAGGUCUAGAGAGAGAAACUACUCCGGCACCGUUGUUUUUCUCACGAUGUGGUUUUUCUCUC